AUGGAAAAAUAUAUUAAAGAACAUACAUUAAAACCAAAUGAAAUUGAAAGAUAUGGAAGACAAUUAAUUACACCAGAUAUUGGAGUUAGUGGUCAAAUGUCAUUAUGCAAUUCAUCAGUAUUGAUUAUUGGAGCAGGAGGAUUAGGUUGUCCAGUUGCAUUAUAUUUAUCAUCAGCAGGUAUUGGUACAUUAGGAUUGGUUGAUUAUGAUACAGUUGAAAUUUCAAAUCUUCAUAGACAAAUUGGACAUCGUGAAUCAAGUAAAGGUAUUUCAAAAGCAGUUUCAUUAUCGAAAACAAUUUCUGAACUUAAUAGUUUAAUUAAAGUAAAUACAUACGAAACAACAUUCACAUCCGAAACGGCGAUGGAGAUAAUCAAAAACUAUGAUAUAGUAGUAGACGCAUCUGAUAAUGUCGCAACUAGAUAUUUAGUAAAUGAUGCAUGUGUAUUGACUGGCAAACCAUUGGUAAGUGGCAGCGCAUUGAAAUGGGAGGGCCAAAUAACCUGUUACAAUUACAAUAACGGACCAUGCUAUCGUUGUAUAUUCCCAACACCACCACCAGUCGAAACCGUUACAAAAUGCUCCGAUGGUGGUGUACUAGGUCCAAUCGUUGGCGUAAUUGGUAGUUUACAAGCAUUGGAAGUCAUUAAAAUACUCACUAAUAAUAAAGAGGGUGUAUUAUCUGGUCGUUUAUUAAUUUAUGAUGGUAUGUCAGCUGUAUUUAGAACUGUUAGAAUUAGAGGUAAACAAUCUGGUUGUAAUGUUUGUGGUGAUAAACCAACAGUAACUCAAUUAAUUGAUUACACUCAAUUUUGUCAAAGUAAUUAUUCUGAAUCAGCUGGUAAAGUUGAUGAUAGAGUUGAUAAAACUUUAAUAAUUACUGUUGAACAAUUUAAUCAAUCAAUUAAAAAUAAUAAUAAUAAUCAUUUAUUAAUUGAUGUUAGACCAAAAAUUCAAUUUGAUAUUUGUUCAUUACCAAAUUCAAAUAAUAUUCCAAUUGAAGAAAUUGAUAAAAAAGAAUCAAUUGAAAUUAUUGAAAAAUUAAUUAAAGAAAAAGUUGAAAAUAACAAUAAUAAUAAUAAUAAUAACGAAAAUAGAGACGCCAGUGAUGAAUUAUCAGUUUAUUUAGUUUGUAGAAGAGGAAAUAAAUCACAAGAUGCUGUAAAGAUUUUAGAUGAAAAAUUAAAAGAAUUUAGAGAUAAAUUUAAACUUUUACAUAUUAAAGAUGGAUUAUUAGGUUGGAAUGAAUCUAUAGAUGAUAGUUUUCCAAUUUAUUAG